CAGACGUGGAAGUAGACCAGUGGAUUGUAAUUAGCACUCCAAAACCCUGAACCGUGUCCAUCACAUCGGAUUGAAUGACGAGACAGGAUGGCUGGGGGAAGGAGAGGACUCGUGGCCCCUCAAAACACUUUCCUGGAAAAUAUCGUUAGAAGGUCUAAUGACACCAAUUUUGUAUUGGGUAAUGCCCAGAUUGUAGACUGGCCCAUUGUGUACAGCAAUGAUGGAUUCUGCAAACUCUCAGGAUACCAUCGGGCCGAGGUUAUGCAAAAGAGCAGCACUUGCAGCUUUAUGUAUGGUGAGCUCACAGACAAGGAAACGAGUGAAAAAGUCCGGCAAACCUUUGAAAACUAUGAAAUGAACUCAUUCGAAAUACUUAUGUAUAAGAAAAACAGGAUGCCUGUAUGGUUCUUUGUCAAAAUUGCCCCAAUUCGAAAUGAACAGGACAAAGUGGUAUUAUGUCUGUGCACCUUCAGUGACAUCACAGCUUUUAAGCAGCCAAUUGAAGAUGAUUCAUCCAAAGGCUGGGGUAAAUUUGCUCGCCUGACGAGAGCGCUAACGAGCAGUCGAGGAGUACUACAGCAACUCGCUCCAACUGUGCACAAAGGAGAAAAUGUUCACAAGCACUCCAGACUAGCCGAGGUGUUGCAACUUGGCUCUGAGAUUCUUCCACAGUACAAGCAAGAAACACCAAAGACUCCCCCUCAUAUCAUUCUUCAUUACUGCGCCUUUAAGACCACCUGGGACUGGGUCAUCCUUAUUUUAACCUUCUACACUGCUAUUAUGGUCCCUUACAACGUUUCUUUUAAAACCAAGCAGAACAAUGUCACGUGGCUGGUUGUCGACAGCAUAGUGGAUGUAAUAUUCCUGGUGGACAUCGUGCUCAAUUUCCACACCACGUUUGUUGGACCUGCAGGGGAGGUUAUUUCAGACCCAAAGCUUAUCCGCAUGAACUACCUGAAGACGUGGUUUGUGAUAGACCUGCUUUCCUGCUUGCCCUACGAUGUCAUCAACGCCUUUGAAAACGUGGACGAGGGAAUCAGUAGCCUCUUCAGCUCCCUAAAAGUUGUCAGGCUCCUGCGACUGGGCCGAGUGGCUCGCAAGCUGGAUCACUAUAUUGAAUAUGGAGCUGCAGUUUUGGUGCUGCUGGUGUGUGUUUUCGGACUGGCUGCUCAUUGGCUGGCCUGUAUCUGGUACAGCAUUGGGGACUAUGAGGUCAUCAACGAGGAAACCAAUUCACUACGGACUGAAAGUUGGCUUUAUAUGCUGGGAGAGUCUAUUGGGAUGCCAUAUAGAUUUAACAUAUCGGGGAGUGGAAAAUGGGAAGGUGGACCAAACAAAGACUCGGUUUACAUCUCUUCAUUGUAUUUUACAAUGACCAGCCUCACUAGUAUUGGAUUUGGAAACAUCGCUCCAACCACCGACGGAGAGAAAAUCUUUGCAGUGGCCAUGAUGAUGAUUGGGUCUCUCCUGUAUGCAACCAUCUUUGGUAACGUGACCACAAUCUUCCAGCAAAUGUAUGCCAACACCAACAGGUACCACGAGAUGCUGAACAGCGUGCGUGACUUCCUGAAACUCUACCAGGUCCCUAAAGGUCUGAGUGAGCGAGUCAUGGACUACAUUGCCUCCACCUGGUCCAUGUCCAGAGGCAUAGAUACUGAAAAGGUUUUACAGAUCUGCCCAAAGGACAUGAGAGCCGAUAUCUGUGUGCACCUGAACCGCAAAGUCUUUAAAGAGCACCCGGCUUUCAGACUGGCAAGCGAUGGCUGCUUACGAGCUUUGGCCAUGGAGUUCCAGACCAUCCAUUGUGCCCCUGGGGACCUCAUUUAUCAUGCAGGCGAAAGUGUAGACAGCCUCUGCUUUGUGGUAUCGGGGUCCUUGGAAGUAAUACAAGAUGAUGAAGUUGUAGCCAUUUUGGGAAAGGGAGACGUGUUUGGGGAUGUAUUCUGGAAGGAAGUCACACUGGCGCAGGCCUGUGCCAACGUUAGAGCACUCACAUACUGCGACCUGCACGUCAUCAAACGGGAUGCCUUACAGAAAGUUCUGGAGUUCUAUACAGCCUUCUCCAACCACUUCUCCAGAAACCUGCUGCUGACAUACAACCUGAGAAAAAGGAUUGUGUUCCGGAAAAUUAGCGAUGUGAAGCGUGAGGAAGAAGAGCGACUGAGAAGGAAGAAUGAAGCCCCACUAAACCUCCCGCCGGACCACCCUGUGAGGCGGCUCUUCCAGAGGUUCAGGCAACAGAAGGAGGCCCGCCUGGCUGCCGAACGAGCCAAGGACCAGGACGAGCCUGAUGUGGAAAAGGGGUCAGUCCAGGUGGAGCACACACGGCAGGACGUGAUUGCCACCACCAGCAUCGUCACGGUUACAGAGAGUCCCGCCACCCCAGUCCCUUCAGUAUCGGUUAAUGCCUCCAUUUCAAGAGAGUCUGACCGCGCAAAGCUGCAAGCUCCCACAGUGUCAAACUAUGCAGGCAGCAAAUCAGCUGAGAUCACCAAAGGAAAAGGCUGGAACAGAUGCAAAGACCCUGUCGGGAAAGCAGACGACUGGAACAAAGUCUCGAAAGCGGAAUCCAUGGAGACGCUGCCAGAAAGAACUAACGUUCCUGAGGAGAUUUCCUUAAAGAAAACGGAUUCCUGCGACAGCGGCAUUACAAAAAGUGACUUGCGGCUGGACAACGUCGGAGAGGUUCGGAGCCCCCAAGACCGUAGUCCUGUUCAGGCGGAUGCCAAACACAUGUUUUUACCGAUUCCUGAACAAACCAUUCAGGCUUCAAUCUCAGAGCUAAAGAAUGAACUGAAGGAGGACAUCAAAGCCCUAAACAACAAGAUGGCCUCCCUAGAAAACCAACUGGCUGAAAUUCUUAGAAUAGUAAAAUCUCAGAAAUCACUGAAUUCACCCCAGCAUCUGUUUGAAAUAUCAAGACCAGGAUCCCCUGAAUCAGAUAAGGAUGACAUUUUUUAAUGAUUUUACACGGAUUGGUCAUUGGACUUCAAUGCCUUAGAAGAGGUGCAUGGACUAUGUAAUAAAACCAUAUUUUAUCAAUAUUACAAUGGGUAUUUCUAACAGUACAGGGAAACAAGAAGUGAAUAUAGGUUCUGUAGGUUUA